UCACAGUGACGUCCUGUGCGGAUACAGCAGACAGAUGCCCUGACUGCUACGGUCCCAGGUCUACAUCCGUAACGUUUUCUCCAUGUAAAAGGGCGUUUUAAAGCCCGGGGGAGCAGCAGCAGAAUGCAGCGGAGCGCGGUGGUCGUGGUGGCGGAUAAAACGAGCUUGAAAAGGCCGUUUAUUUUUGCAAAUUCAGUCCAUAUGGCGCUGUGCUUCUUCUUGCUGACAAUGACAGUGGCUUAUCAUCGAGAUAUCUUACAAACUGGAAAAAUGGUGUCUACUGUUUCCGUAGUGAUGUUGUACGUGAUAGAGAUUGGCUGCCUGCUGCUCUCGGUGCUCGGCGUGUUCGGAGCCUUCAAAGAAAAGAGAUGGUGUUUUAUUCUGUAUGCAGCUGGGAUGGCAGCAGCCAGUCAAACAAUAAUUGUUAAGGCAGCACUAAGUUACCAAGAUAUUUAUGAGCUGGAAUGCUGCGGUCUCGUUGAAGGUUACAAAGACUGGGGCUCUUCCAUCCCUUCAUCCUGUAACUGCCAAUAUCCAGGAAAAUGCAUUCGCCUACGAGGCAGCGCCACACUCGGGGCUCCAAAGAACCACUAUGUUUAUCAAGAGCCUUGCCUUCCAAUUUACGUUUCCGAGCUGAAGCUUGCAUUCUCGUUGUCGAUGGGUAUACAGUUUGGAAGCGGAGUGUUUUGGGUUAUUUUACUUGUAAUGAGCAUCAAGUUGAUGGACCAGAUCAGAAGGAAACAGGACUUUAUGGCUCUUCUCGAAUCAAACAGAUACGUUCCCGGUGCUUUCUAGCCCCCUGCUGUUUUAAUACACGCAUCCUAAUUUCCAUAACCUGGCUAUCUUAUAAUUUCUCUGUGUUGAUGUUUAAAUGCAUGUCUAAAAGUAAUCUACUUGCGCACAGUAGAUAAGAUUUAAAUGACUCGUCUGCCUUACUGCUGUAAAAAAAGAAAAAAAGAGAGAGAGAGAGAAAAAAGUGCAAUUUAAUGACAUUAAUCAAUCUGAACUAGUUAUCACAUUUUCUUACGCUUUUUUUUCUGGCUUUUUGUUCUGUACAUUAAGACUUUGGAUAUAUAUCAGUGAGGCUUUCAAAAGGCAGAUAUUAAUCUAAUAAUAAUUAAUCUGCUUCGAUGUUUUAUUGAAAGCUUGCCUCACUGAAGCCAACUGUAAGUUCUGAGUUUUGACGUAUGUACCUCAAGUCAAGAUGGCGUAAUGAAACACGAAUACUUGUCUUAAGCACACAUUGACUUUUAAGCAUUAGAGCAACUAAUAAUCUUUUCAAAAUAAUAUUAAUAAGCUUUAUGUAGCAGCUUUUUUAAACACUGUUUACAAAGUGCUUUGAUUCAGUUAUUCGUUUAGCCAUGCAUAUUACUGCAUAAUCAGGUGAGACAAGGGAAUGAUUCACAUGUCUCUGGGACGGCAGAAUGUUUUGAUGCCUUGUUAUGCACACUGAAUAUCUGAAACCUUGUCGCUGAUUUCAGUUUUUCUUAAAGCACAUCUAAUAAUUCGACCUUGUGUGAUCAUGCCCAGCAGAGAGGAGCGGGUGAGGAGGAGGAGGAGAGGGGAUUCUAUUUUGUUGCACAUACAGUAGACACGCAGUAAAAUCUUUGAUUUGAAGGUUUUGCACGGAUGUUGGCAAGGCCGCUGCAAAGAGGUUGUGAGAGGCUCUUGUAGGAAAAUGUGCCACCCAAUUUCUUGCAGAGACUGUAACGCCCCAACUGAUGCAACUCUCACCAAAGAAGCCUUUAUGCCACGCCGCGUCUACUUUAACUUGCUGCAUGAGCUGCCUGCUGUUGAAACGUCUACUCGACUCAUAUAUUGUCAAAUUAAUUUAAUCUGAAGCAGCAGAUCCAGUGUCUACCUGUGCACUUUAACCAUUAUUGCCUAAUAUACACGUUCUGGCAACGUAUGGUGUCUUUGUUUCUGUCACACACUGUUUUUGUUUUUUAU